AUGGAUCUAUCUACUAGCAACGGCAAUGGCUCCAAUCCCGCUCCGCGCAUCGGCGACGGGGGUUCUCAUGACUCCCCCGAAACUGUUACGCCAGUCAUUAAAGUCUCAUUACCGGAUGAGGACCUUCCUUCUGACCCAGCAGUCGCUAUAUCUCCAUCGCAGCCGCCGCACAAGCUUGUUCGCAGCAAAAGCCUGACAGCAAUUCCCGGCGUGGGUGACGAGCAACUUGCAUCAACGAAAUCCUGGAAACCUUCGAAGCGCUUAUCAUUCCUGUUACCCGAGAAGGUCGCGGUACCGAUAAUCAGUGAGAAACGAAGGCUUGAGAAAAGAGAAAGCAAGACCGGCCAAGAUGCUCGAACCUCUUCACCAUCCCGACACGCCACCUUUCAGCAUGUGAUUCCAGCUAUAAAGGUUCGCAAGCUUAGUGAGCCCAAAGACAAUACCAAUGGAUGUCAAGUAGACGUUGUGGUCAUACACAUGUGCGGGAAUCGUAAGAAAAACGUUGACUGGGAGAUGUCCGUAUUCAUCGAGCCGAAAGACAAGAAAGAGACAUACCUUGACGAACAAUGCCAGGCACGCAAACGAUCGCAACUCAGGCGGACGGUAUCUCAGGGCAAUGAAAGCCUCCUUCCCCCAGAAGUACCCGACCUGCAAGCUUCUGCUGCCGCCGUGAACUGGCUCGAAGACCAGGACAUGCUACCCAAAGCUCUCCCUAAAGCAAGGAUCACCGCUUUUGGUCUGGACAUCAAUCAAAGUAUCUCGAACAGUGCGAACGCUCCAAUUGACCUGAAGUUUGCUGCGACAGAGAUCCUGAAAGAAUUCUUGAGGCAAUGGGACGGAGAUGAACAAAGAUCCAUCGUCUUCAUCGGCCAUGGCUAUGGCACUAUCGUCAUUGAACACUUGCUUUUCGGAGAUCUGCUGAAGACAGUUGGAGAAGACUCGAGGCUCCAAAUAGUCGAGUCUACCGCCGCAGUUGUCAUGUUUUCCCCACCGCUGGAACGUUUCGACAACCUGAUCAGCUGGAUGGCAAACGAUUUCAACAUACCGAGAUGUUCAGCAAUAUUUGAAGCGCGUAAGGCCAACAAUGAUCGUGCACCCAAUGUCAUUUGGGACGACUUUCUCAAGAAAACGGAGCCGCGAAAUAUUGCCACGUUUGGAUACUUGGAGCAAAACAACGAGCCAAAGAAGGCUAAGAGCACCAAUGCACAACCGCAAACCCGUUUGAAGCGCUUUGAUAGGACCUGGACAUUCGACACGGAUGUCGACAACAUUGCGAGGAUCAGCCAUGCAAACGACAUCCGGUUCAAGAACCUUGCGAAGGCCGUGUCAGAGUACGUGGGUGUCCACCAACUUCUUCGGGCUGGCAGGAUCCCUGAUGAGGACCUCAUUGAUGACUUACUCGGAGCCUCGAUCGACUUCAACUUUGAGAACGGAAAGAGACAGACAGUCCUACAUUUGGCUGUUGAGCAAGGCUUGGACAGACUCGUCAAGAGUUUGGUCAACAGUGGCAAGGUUGAUUUGGAUCGCCAGGAUGAUUCUGGAAACACAGCACUCCAUAUCUCCAUUGCGUCUCGCUUCCAUCACAGUCGGGACAUGGUCUUUCAUCUGCUAAAAGCCGGUGCAAACACUGGAGUCAUGAACAAACUUGGCAAGUCAGCUGAAGAGUUGGCGCUAGAAGCCAACAUAUCCAUCAAAGAACUCUUCAGAAAGCGGCCAUUGGUUGAAGGUCCUAUCGGACCACGCACGUUGGUCGGGGGAAAGCCAGCAAAUCCCGCCGCCCAGGCGUCAUGCCAGAAGGCCGGCAUGGUGGCGCGAGAAGUUUUCAAACCCACCAAAUCGAAACCAGAAAGACACCUCCCCGUGUACAAGUCGGUGCACGACUUUAUAUACACCGACGACAAUAUUGAUGAUUUUUUCCAAGCGGCGUAUCAUGAGCACCCAGGUACUGCCAUGUGUAGAUGGUACCACAUCCCGAUGAACAAUAUGGCUUGGGACCUGUUCGCAAAAUUGAAACUGCCUCAUUGGCCCUGGCCGAAACCAUACAAGCGCAGUAAAAUCCACUAUGGUCGAUACAUGAGCCCUGAGGCUACACGGCUGCCAGGACUGCCAAGGUCUUACAGUACACCUAGCCAUGAUAGCUGGGUUGUUUUCAUGCCAUAUAUCAGCUACGAAAGCUGUCUUCGGCAACAGCAGAUUGCCAGCAUUACUGAAAGAGCAGGGGUAACACUUCCAGGAAUAUUCCGCCUUUCUAAUCUGCCCUUCUCUCGCCCUCGCCUAAUUGACCGAAGGCGAAGUAGAAAUAAUGUCGGCGCAAACAUUCUACCAAGCGAAGAUCCUGAGGCCUUGGCCAUAAAAGGCUACUUGAACGACCAUAACCACAACCAGAGUCAGCAUCUCACAUUUCAUGUCAGACGGACACUUGAUCAAUCUUACUACAACAUGUUAAAGGACACCUCCUACAGGGACAGGACCCAAGUUGUCUCUCGUUGUGCAAAGCUUGAAUGGCAAGACUCACCUGACCAUAACGUACUUAUGGUGGACCAGCUUUGGUUGUGGUUCCUCAAAGGCAAAGACGGUAAGCCGGACACCAUCAUCACCAGUUUCCCGUCGCGUGAAGGAGCCACAUAUCCGCAGUCGACUCGCGAAGCAGACGACCUACAAGGCACUAUCCUGGAUCCCACCGACCGGAAGUGUAUCUCCGAAAGUACCGACCUGGUCUCCCGCAUUCUUUCCGUGUGUUGCAACGCUUUCGAUCGUCACCAGCAUCUGGAGUCCAUCAACUUCCUUUACUUCUUUGAGAGCGCCAUAGGCCGUGCGGAGGAGGAAGAAACACGUCUGUUCCGACAUUUCCGACGACGCGCGAACACUCUCCACUCCCUUCACGAAAAACAUCCAACCUACUCGGAGCACAGGAGUAUGUUACUGAAAAAGCUACUGGACAUCUUGAAGGAAUCGAAGCUGCUCAAAGAAAUCAAAGACAUCCUGGACGAGAUCAAGAUGAUCAAGUCCGUUUUGAAAGACCAGUACAAAGUCGUGAAAUCUCUCCAAGAGCUUGUGCAGCCUCACCACCCGUCGCGCGGCAAAGGCGCGUCUCAUCUCCACACGGAAAACAAGUUCUCCAACGUCUUGACGUUGAUUCGAGAUACCGACGAAAGUUUUGACGUCAUGGAAGCACAUGCGAAGCAGGUGGAGAAUGGGCUUGAGCACCUCCUCGACCUCAAACAAAAGCAAGCGAAUUUGUGGGAGGCCCGGUCUUCCCGUGAGGGUGCCGAAGAAGCCGCUAAGCAGGGCAAGACCAUACUCGUCUUCACCGUCGUCACAAUUAUCUUCCUCCCGCUUUCCUUCAUGGCCUCCUUCUUCUCCCUCGGUGUCUCGAUCUUCCCAAAACAAGACGGCGAGAACAACCUUCCUCUCGGCUGGGUCGCAGCCUUCCUCUUCGGCAUAUCAUUCGCCGUGUCCAUCCCCUUCAUCCUGCUCGCCUUCAAGAUCGAAAGCUUCUCCUCGGCCUGGACGCGCCUCACGCACUCCGCCAACAAGUGCGCGGCCUUCAUCCUGCUCAAGCCCCUCGGCCGGGUCCCCAGCCGGCGCGUGCGGGCCAAGGGCCAGGAGUGGUACAGGGCGUGGGUGAGCUUCAUCGCCAAGCACGACCUCCCGCUCAGGCCGGACGGGGAGACGGCGGCCCGGCUGAAGCGCGAGACGGACGGCGCCGCCGGCGCCGCCGCCGCCGCGGCCGCGCCGCCCGAGCCGAGCUCCGGCUCCGACUCGAGCUCGGAUGGGGAGGUGAGCGACGAGGAGGAGCUGGACUUGGCUGUGCGGCAGACGGAGAGGCAGAGGAACUUGCUGCUGUGGAUGAAGGCGGCUGAGCGUUGA